AUGGUGCACUCUAAAGUUGUUAUUAUCGGCUCCGGCCCUGGCGCACACACCGCCGCCGUCUAUCUCGCUCGUGCUGAGCUCAAGCCCGUUCUCUACGAGGGUAUGCUCGCCAACGGCACCGCCGCCGGUGGUCAGCUCACCACCACCACUGAUAUCGAGAACUUCCCCGGUUUCCCCAGCGGUAUCGGUGGCGCCGAGCUGAUGGACAAGAUGCGCGCGCAGUCCGAGCGCUUCGGUACCGAGAUCAUCACUGAGACCAUCUCGCGCCUGGAUCUCUCGCAAAGGCCCUUCAAGAUGUGGACCGAGUGGUCCGAUGGCCCUAACGAUGCGCCUGCUCGCACCGCUGAUGCUGUUAUCAUUGCCACUGGUGCUAACGCUCGUCGUCUGAACCUGCCCGGCGAGGAGACCUACUGGCAGAACGGUAUCAGUGCCUGCGCUGUGUGCGACGGUGCUGUUCCUAUCUUCCGCAACAAGCCCCUCUAUGUCAUUGGUGGUGGUGACUCCGCUGCUGAGGAGGCUAUGUUCCUCACUAAGUACGGUUCCCACGUUACUGUUCUUGUCCGUCGUGACAAGCUGCGUGCCAGUAACAUUAUGGCUGAGCGCCUGCUCGCUCACCCUAAGUGUACUGUUCGCUUCAACACCGUUGCCACUGAGGUUCUCGGCCAGGAUGGCUUGAUGUCUGGCCUCCGUGUCAAGGACACCGUCAACGGUAACGAGGAGGUCGUUGAUGCUAACGGUCUGUUCUACGCCGUUGGCCACGACCCCGCUAGUGCCCUGGUCAAGGGUCAGAUCGACUUGGAUGAUGAGCAAUACAUUGUCACCAAGCCUGGUUCCAGCUACACCAGCAUGGAGGGUGUCUUUGCCUGUGGUGAUGUGCAGGACAAGCGCUACCGCCAGGCUAUCACCAGUGCCGGCUCUGGCUGUAUGGCUGCCCUGGAUGCCGAGAAGUACCUCUCCGAACUCGGCGAUGUUCCCCAGCCUAAGGAGAAGAUCUAA